AUGGCGUCAUUGAUUAACGGGCAGUCGGUGUCGGCAGCAAAAAUCACCAAAGCGAGAGGAAAGAUGGUCAAGCCAAUAUUGAAGAAGCUGUCGCACUCAGAGAGGAAUUCGCUGGAUCUGGAUCGGGGUUGGGAUGAACAGCAGAUUGGGCAGUUGGAAACAGGUAGUGCGUGGGAGACCGGAAUGGGUUAUUCAGGGCAGGCGCGAGAUGUGAGUUUUGGGUUUGGAGGCCCUACCGGGCUUGUCGGAACGGUUACGGCAGGAGCGACCGCUGGAGCCGCGGGGCAUGGAGGAGACUCGACUCCGAGCAUGAGUAGCGGGCCCAGCACUAUUCGGUCCAGUCUCAAGCUUCAACACGGCCGCUCGGGAUCCCAAACUUCGGCGGGCAGCGGUCCCCGUACGGCUUUUGUGCAUCCCUUCGCGCAAACACCACGCACGUCGACGCCGCCGCUGUCGUACGCCAACUCUCUUGCGUCCUUCGACAAUGGGCGGGACUGCUCGCCUACCAUCACCGAAACCGAAGACGACGUCGGAUUUGAUGCUGAGGGCGCUGUUCAUGCUGUGAAUGGGCACGCGCACAUGCAUUCUGUUCUCGUGCAUGCCUCUUCGCAGCCUCUACCGGCUGCCUCGUCUCAGUCAAACCUUAACCUGAACUCGAACCUUCGCCGUCCGUCUUUAAACAGCCAGCGCACUGCUUCUUUCCCGGAAACGCCAGCAUCCAAACCUCCGUCUCUGCGUAUCAAUACUGGGCGAUCCGUUUCUGUCACAACUACUGCAAAUUCCUCGCGCCUCGCUCACGGCAGUCUUCCAUCUCCCAGCCAAUCCGACCUGCACAUCGAUUCCCACAACAACCUGAGCAUUAGUUUUACCAACACGGUCGAUUCGCCCACGGGCAGUUUGGGUGCUGGCAGUAUUAUUGCAUCCCCCCAACAACAGCAACCACCACAAUCGCAAUUAUCACCGCUUCGAACUUCGCUCGAUAUGGCUGGAUUUCCCCGCCUUCGGAGUCGGUCAGAGAUGGACACGGCCACACGGGUCGAGAACAUCCGAGCGGCCCGGCGCAAAUUUGAGGAGCGUGAACGCGAGAAGGAGGAGAAAUACGACCGCGAAAUGAUUCGCAAGCGCGAGCGCCGUGACAACAAGGAGGCCAGCCGCAUCGAAAAGGGCGAGACUCCAGGUCGCCCCUCCAUGCAUCGCAAGAAGACCCCCACCGUGCUGUCGACGGUUUCUGAGCCAGAUAGCAAGCACUCGCGACCGUCCCAAUCGACUACCAACCUCGGGUUCUCAUCAUCGUCUGGAAGCAACGGGAUUGUCCCGGGGUUGGGCAGGCGCAGGCAUACCGACUCCCCCAUAUCCUCUCCCGAGCCUGAGAAACACAUGGGCUUUGCGGCCCACCGGUACGACAGCGUGACGAUGGUGCCGCAGACCCCUCCAAACUUUGGCGUUGACGAGGUGUGCUUUGAUCAGGCGCCACCCCGCAGAGGUAGUGGUGCCAAACGCAAAACCCAGGGUUACUGGCAUGGGUUCCUUCUCUGGCUCAGGACGAAGCUGCUCCGGAUGAGCACGCGUUGA